GGCUGAGUCACCAUAAUCGGGACACUCACUCCUUUGCGCUUCACCAGACACAGGCACAGCCGCCAGCCCCAAGAGCAGCUCCAGGCCUGGAUCUGUGCUGGACACAGGAGCCAGCAGCCAGCAGGCUGAGCAAGGGUGCUGAGGAUGGAAGCAAGUUGGGAGGCUGAGCACAGCUGAAGACCUGAGAUCCCUGUGCCCUUGACUUCUCUGUGUGCUCGAGCAAGGACCAUCCCAGCUCAGGAUGAACCUUCCUACAGGAUCCAGAGUCCUGCCGAACCCAACCCAGGAGCCUAGCUGCAUGACCACCCCAGCCCCACCAAGCAGGUGGGACAGCUCCCAGAGCAGCAUCUCCAGCCUGAGCCAGCUUCCAUCCAUCAGCCCCACGGCAGCUGGGACUUGGGCUGCUGCCUGGAUCCCCUUCCCCACGGUUGAUGUUCCAGACCAUGCCCACUAUACCCUGGGCACAGUGAUCUUGCUGGUGGGAGUAACGGGGAUGCUGGGCAACCUGACAGUCAUCUAUACCUUCUGCAGGAGCAGAGGCCUCCGGACACCUGCCAACAUGUUCAUUAUCAACCUCGCGGUCAGCGACUUCCUCAUGUCCUUCACCCAGGCCCCAGUCUUCUUCGCCAGCAGCCUCUAUAAGCAGUGGCUCUUUGGGGAGACAGGCUGUGAGUUCUAUGCCUUCUGUGGGGCUCUCUUUGGCAUCUCUUCCAUGAUCACCCUGACGGCCAUCGCCCUGGACCGCUACCUGGUGAUCACACGCCCACUGGCCACCAUUGGUGUGGCAUCCAAGAGGCGUGCAGCGUUUGUCCUGCUGGGCGUUUGGCUCUAUGCCCUGGCCUGGAGUCUGCCACCCUUCUUUGGCUGGAGCGCCUACGUGCCUGAGGGACUGCUGACAUCCUGCUCCUGGGACUACAUGAGCUUCACGCCGGCCGUGCGCGCCUACACCAUGCUUCUCUGCUGCUUCGUGUUCUUUCUCCCUCUGCUUAUCAUCAUCUACUGCUACAUCUUCAUCUUCAGGGCCAUCCGGGAGACAGGACGGGCUCUCCAGACCUUCGGGGCCUGCAAGGGCAGUGGCGAGUCCCUGUGGCAGCGGCAGCGGCUGCAGAGCGAGUGCAAGAUGGCCAAGAUCAUGCUGUUGGUCAUCCUCCUCUUUGUGCUCUCCUGGGCUCCCUAUUCCGCUGUGGCCCUGGUGGCCUUCGCUGGGUAUGCACACGUCCUGACACCCUACAUGAGCUCAGUGCCAGCCGUCAUCGCCAAGGCCUCUGCAAUCCACAACCCCAUCAUUUAUGCCAUCACCCACCCCAAGUACAGGGUGGCCAUUGCCCAGCACCUGCCCUGCCUGGGGGUGCUGCUGGGUGUAUCACGCCGUCACAGUAACCCCUACCCCAGCUACCGCUCCACCCACCGCUCCACACUGAUCAGCCACACCUCCAACCUCAGCUGGAUCUCUGGAAGAAGGCGCCAGGAGUCCCUGGGCUCAGAGAGUGAGGUGGGCUGGACACACAUGGAGGCAGCAGCUGUGUGGGGAGCUGCCCAUCAAGCGAACGGGCGGUCCCUCUACGGUCAGGGUCUGGAGGACUUGGAAGCCAAGGCACCGCACAGACCCCGGGGACGGGAAGCAGAGACUCCAGGGAAGAGGCGAGCUUCAUCAGGCAGGAGCCAGAGGCCAGAGAAAGAGCCUGCAGCUCCAGAGGUGACUGCUGACAGCACCGGCAUGUCUUACAGUGUGACCCUGACUGGGCCCGGGCCCUGGGGCUUCCGUCUGCAGGGGGGCAAGGACUUCAACAUGCCCCUCACUAUCUCCCGGAUCACACCAGGCAGCAAGGCAGCCCAGUCCCAGCUCAGCCAGGGCGACCUCGUGGUGGCCAUUGACGGCGUCAACACUGACACCAUGACCCACCUGGAGGCCCAGAACAAGAUCAAGUCUGCCAGCUACAACCUGAGCCUCACCCUGCAGAAAUCGAAGCGUCCCAUUCCCAUCUCCACGACAGCACCCCCAGUCCAGUCCCCUCUGCCGGUGAUUCCCCACCAGAAGGACCCCACUCUGGACACGAACGGCAGCCUGGCGGCACCCAGCCCCAGCCCCGAGGCAAGGGCCAGCCCGGGCACCCCCGGCACCCCGGAGCUCAGGCCCACCUUUAGCCCUGCCUUCUCCCGGCCCUCCGCCUUCUCCUCACUCGCCGAGGCCUCUGACCCUGGCCCUCCAAGGGCCAGCCCGAGGGCCAAGACCAGCCCGGAGGGGGCCUGGGACCCACUCAGCCCGAAAGCCCUGCCGGGCUCGAGCCAGCCAAGGCAGUAUAACAACCCCAUUGGCCUGUACUCGGCAGAGACCCUGAGGGAGAUGGCUCAGAUGUACAAGAUGAGCCUCCGAGGGAAGGCCUCAGGUGCCGGACUCCCAGGAGGGAGCCUCCCUGUUAAGGAUCUCACCGUAGACAGCACCUCUCCCGUGUACCAGGCUGUGAUUAAGAACCAGAACAAGCCGGAAGACGAGGCUGACGAGUGGGCCCGCCGCUCCUCCAACCUGCAGUCUCGCUCCUUCCGCAUCCUGGCCCAGAUGACAGGGACCGAAUUCAUGCAAGACCCUGAUGAAGAAGCUCUGCGAAGGUCAAGGCCCCAGACCUCUUCCUACAGCGCCGCAGCGGCCAGCUCUUCAGCACCUGCCACCCACACCAGCUACAGCGAGGGCCCUGCCGCCCCUCCAACCAAGCCCCGGGUUGUCACCACUGCCAGCAUUCGGCCUUCUGUCUACCAGCCAGUGCCUGCAUCUACCUACAGCCCGUCCCCAGGGGCCAAUUACAGUCCAACUCCCUACACCCCUUCGCCUGCCCCUGCCUACACCCCCUCGCCUGCCCCUACCUACACUCCCUCACCUACCCCUGCCUAUAUCCCCUCACCUGCCCCCACCUAUACUCCAUCCCCUGCACCAACCUAUACCCCUUCGCCUGCCCCCAACUAUAACCCUGCAUCCUCUGCGGCCUACAGCGGGGGCCCUGCAGAGCCUGCCAGCCGUCCCCCCUGGGUGGCAGAUGACAGCUUCUCCCAGAAGUUUGCCCCUGGCAAGAGCACCACCUCCAUCAGCAAGCAGACCCUGGUCCGGGGGGGCCCAGCCUACACCCCAGCAGGUCCCCAGGUGCCACCACUUGCCAGGGGGACCGUCCAGAGGGCUGAGCGCUUCCCAGCCAGCAGCCGGACUCCACUCUGUGGCCACUGCAACAACGUCAUCCGGGGCCCAUUUCUGGUAGCCAUGGGCCGUUCCUGGCACCCUGAAGAGUUCAACUGUGCCUACUGCAAGACUUCCCUGGCAGAUGUGUGCUUUGUGGAAGAGCAGAACAACGUUUACUGUGAGCGAUGUUAUGAGCAGUUCUUUGCCCCAGUCUGUGCCAAGUGCAACACCAAAAUUAUGGGGGAAGUGAUGCAUGCCUUGAGACAGACGUGGCACACAACCUGCUUUGUCUGCGCGGCCUGCAAGAAGCCUUUCGGGAACAGCCUCUUCCACAUGGAAGAUGGGGAGCCCUACUGUGAGAAAGACUACAUCAAUCUGUUCAGCACCAAGUGUCAUGGCUGCGAUUUCCCCGUGGAGGCUGGCGACAAGUUUAUUGAAGCCCUGGGGCACACCUGGCACGACACCUGCUUCAUUUGCGCGGUCUGCCACGUGAAUCUGGAGGGGCAGCCGUUCUACUCUAAGAAAGACAGACCCCUGUGCAAGAAGCAUGCACACACCAUCAAUGUGUAGGCGGCCAAGGCCGCCUGUGCUGACAAGGACCGGAGCUGCUCCUGCUGCUGGCAACAAAGGAUUCGGGAGGCUGAUGUUUCUUCUGGGGGGAACGGGGAGAGAGAGGAAGUGACUGAGCCCUUUGGAAGUAUAAUUUUAGGUUUUUUUCUUCUGUACACAGAUCAUGUAUUUGCAUAGUUCAGACUAGGAGCCAAAUGAAGAUUCAAAACCAAGUUAGUUAUUAAUCCAAGACUGGAAUUGUACUUCAGAUGUUUAGAGCAAAAUUCCAAGAACUCAAAAGUGAAAAGCAACAAGCAGCUUUCCCAAAGCGAUACACUUCCUGCGGUCACCAGAGGAGGACAGAGCUCAGAGCAGCUGUGGAGAAUCUGAAGCAUUCUGUGGAGUUCUUAAGCGCUCCCCUGGCAAACAAAUUGAAGUGCCAAACAGCACUCGCUGCAGGGUAUUUUUAGAGUCAUAGCUGAGAGCUUGUUAGCUAAGACCCAUUGGGCUUUCCUCACCAAAAAAGGAAGUGUUAUUCCAUUACUAGCAUCAUGGAGCUACCUCUGCGCAUCAGACUUCAGACCUUGAACAAACUUGAAACGUUCUAAUGGGAGCCCGGACGUCCAAAGAUAUGUCUUCUGGGAGCCACUGGGCAAUUGCCAGGCUCCAGGAAGGGCUGCAGCUCAGGUUGCAGACAGCUGAGAAAAGAUGGCCCUGUCAGCCACCCUCUCUCAGUCUGAAACAUCCAGCGUCCCCAGAGGGCUUAGCUCCUUUUUGAAUUGCGAUGGGAAAGUAGAAUUGGGUUUUUCCAGUUUUGCUUUGCAGUGUGUGAGAGAUUUUUUAAAAGGCUCUGGGUUGUCUUUGGCCUUUGUUUAGCUUUUAGAGGUACGUUAGCAUAAGCGUCCAGUCGUGUGCAUGAAUUUCACUCCAACCUGUGACUGGUCACUUAUGAUGUCUCCCCCAGUACCUUCCAUCUCAAACAGGCUUGGUGGCCUGUGGAAAAGAGAGACACAGAGACAGUGUCUGAAACAGGAUGGCAGAAUAGGCUCACAGGUCCAAACUCUGGGUGGGGAAGAGGAAACUUACUUUCUGCCACCCUCAGUAAGAACACACGAGGAGACAGGACCUCCCACCUUCAGGUCUGUACCAUCCUUUUCAAAUGUUCCUUUAAAUGCAGCACAUUGAGUAUGUACGAUUGUGUUAACUGCUAUAAGGAAUAGAUGCACUGAUAUAUAUGCAUUUGCUGUUUUGGCCAAUAUUUUGAAAAUGUAUGAGCUGAGUUGAUGAGCUAUUAUUUAAGUAUUUAUUGAAGUAGACUUGGGCCUUCAAACUUCUUUACAAUACUUGUGAUAGUUUGAGUUAGGUAAGCAUCUUAAAGCUGUCUGGUGAUAAAGAAGGCAGCUUAGAUUCUGCAGUUGGAAAUGGAAUAGUCACUUUCCUUUUUAGGAAGCUCUGUUAAUAUGAACAUGGCAUUGAAGCAGGCGGUUUGCGUGGAUGUUUCUCACUUGAGCACGAUAUUUAGGGUCUUUUCCAACUCACUCUACUCUGUCUUCGCUCCCGUUUUUGAUUUUUCUCUUUGCACGUUUGAAUUGUUUUAUGGGAAUGCAUUAGAAUUCUUUUCUUCUAAGGACUGAGACUUCCAGGGGACUGCCAUCUUACACGAGUGUCUCUUCUCCAAGCAGGAGAAGGAAGCAGCUAGCUGUGUCCCUAGCAGGAAGCCCCUAUUUUUUCCAAGCACAAAGCCACCAAUCUCCCCCAGGAAGCACCAGGGAGAGACAUGAAUGUGCUCCUGCCACAGGGCCAUUCCUACCUUUGGAUCUGCAAGAAGGUGAAUACAAGCACCAGGCAGAGCUGGGAUUACCUGGAGAUUUGUCAGGAGUUGCAGACAAGUGCCUUGGAGCAUUCUGUGAUUUUCAGAAAGUUCAAAUGGGCAGGAACAAGGAGGUUGCUGACUGUACAGACAGGCUCUAAGUAGUUUUCUCCAAAACCUGUCUAUUCAGUUAUCAGGGACUGGUCUUGAGGAAAAAAAAGUUCCCUAGAAUUCAGUUUCCAAAAUCUCUUUUUAAAGAUUUUACACACACACACACACACACACACACACACACGAUCAUUAAAAAGUGUAUGAUCAUUAACAAGAAAAGUGAAAUAUCUCCAAGGACAGUUUCACCACAGUCCUUUAUUACAUUUCUACAUUUCAGAGCACGUAUAGAUUCUGAGGGACUCUUAUUUGCCAGAAAAAAAAAAUUUAAAAAAGCAAAAAAAAAAAGGUAGCAGGAAAAGAAGGUAGUUUUGAAUGCGGUUCACUCAGUGUCUGUGAGUCUGGUGUAGUGUUAGGAGUAAGGCUAUCUAGUUCAAGUUUACAUUGUGGAUGUCCUAUAACGCCAAACAACAUUUUUCGUAAUCCAUGGUGGGGAGCACAGUUUGAAGCUACAGUUCCUGUCUCCUCAUUGCUGACAUUAAUUUAACAUUUAUAGGCCAGGUGCAGUGGCUCACGACUGCAAUCCCAGCACUUUCGGAGGCCAAGGCAGGUGGAUCACCUGAGGUCAGAAGUUUGAAACCAGCCUGGCCAAUAUAGUGAAACCCCAUCUCUACUAAAAAUACAAAAAUUAGCCAGAUAUGGUAGCAGACGCCUGUAGUCCCAGCUACUCAGGAGGCUGAGGUGGGAGAAUCUCUUGAACCCUGGAGGCAGAGGUUGCAGUGAGCAGAGAUAGUGCCACUGCACUCCAACCUGGGCAUCAAGAGUGAAACUCCAUCUCAAAAACAAAAAAGAACAAAAAAUAUUUAUAAACAUUUUGCAAUGGAGUGACUUUUAUCUGCAGUGUUUGUGUUAGGAACCUAGCUUUUAUAAUGUUAGCUUUUUAACCCAGUAUUCUGGCUUUCGAAUUUUUUGUUUUGUUUUGUUUUAGUAAGAUUUCGUAAGUGGAAUGUAGCCUGUUAAAGGUGUGCACAAAAAUAUUUUGCAUGUGUUUUUUUUUUUUUUUUGGCCUGUGUGAAUUCUACUUUUUAGCAAAAAUAAAGCCCCCGAAAGGAUGUGCAAAUAC